CCACAAGGCUACAUAGAGAAACCUACCCGCGAUUCAAGACCACAUUCGCAGUAUGUAUUACCUGCCCGCUUCAAGCUAAGCUUUUGCCUUCGCAUCGAGCGAUGAAGAGCGGAGUGUUCUAAACAUCUCUUGACAGCAUAUACCGCUGCUAUACACUGAACGCUAUCAACGCUCCAAGUUAUGCCCGAGGGAAAAUUCGAACGACACAAAAGAAAAGGAUUAGGAUACAAUAAAGUCAAACAAGAUGGUCAAGUGACGGUUGAGGAUGGUGUGGUCAUGCUCCGGCGCGGGAAGGAAGACACAACUAUCGAGUCCAGUGUGGAAGUCAAAGAUGGUGAUACGAUCUAUUGGACAGCAGACUGUACCUAUACGCAACGAGCCUAUUUGUUGCAGAAAACGCAAUAAUGAAGGUGUAACCGCGCAAGGCAGUAAGUCAGGGGGGAACCGCGCAAAGCAGUAAAAUCAGUAUAUUGUGUUGUUCUUCUGUGAUUGUUGUCUCUCACCCAGCCGUCAUCAAGGUCUGUUUACAUGACGUAUCUGUGUUUGUUGGAAAGAGCAAAAACACUGCACCAAAACACGUGGCACAGAUGACCUCCUUACUCCAUAAACCAUCCCAG